AUGAAGAUAAUUAUCGUUUGGAGCUGUCUCGUAGCUGUUCUUUUGGAGCCUUGCACGUCCGAUAUGUACCUGCAUUUUCCUCCAGGGUCAAACAAUCGACUAAACGGUAACCAAGACAACGUCAGAAACGCCAACAGAUUGUAUGAUUCACAGGUAACGUCAAGCCUAUAGGGCAGCUAGAUAAUGAUGACAGACAGUAAGAAGCUGGCGUCUUGACCGCUAAUGUAAUAUAUAGAUUCAGCCAAGGCCAAAAGCGAAGCUCUCGAGUGAUCUUUCAUGGAAUGUCUUUCUCAAGUAAUUAAAUUCAACUUUUGCCGUAAGCAGAAAGCAAACUGAAUUCCACCUUUAAAAAAUGAAACUUAGUCCACGAUCAAUUGAACACCAAGUACUGGUAAGCGGAUAACUUUAAAAAAUACGUCACCUCAAUGAGUUGUAUAUCUGAGCCAGCGGAAAGACUUUAUGAUAUUAAUGCUACGGUGAUACAGCACUUUGACGUCAUCUAAAAAUGGCCGCCACCUUGCUAGUCUGUUCAUCGAAGCCAAACAACAGCGGGUCGAUUUUAGACUGGUUAUAUCACUUUAUUAAUCUUUUUACAUCAACCCUUACGGUAAAUAUAUUUUCUAUUCCAGAAUAAUGGCAAAUGUGGGUAUAAUGUUGGAGACAAACUGGACAGUAACCCAGGGGACAACAUUCCAGAAUUCAGACAGCUACCGAUGGUAAUUAUAUCACUCAGACUCAAUUAAUAAAUAAACUGAAAGUACCGCUGUAAGAUCAAGAUUGGAACAUAAUUGUAACGACAAACGCGCGAUUUGGGCCGUAUGGGCAAAGACUGACUUAGGGAUCGGACAAAUAGGUGGAGCUUUUAGCUUUCUGGUUUAACAUCGAUCACUCAUUAUAACUCAAUUUAACCUUAUUAUUGUAUAAGACUUUUAUAAUCAAGAGGUGCAUGUAAUUAUGGACAAGGCAUUACAGUACAUGUUUCAGAAGAGGACCGGUGCGGGAGGGGAAACUCAAGAAGAUUUUAUGCAGUUAGGCUCGGCUCCGAGUACCAACCUUUAACCCUUGCUUCAGAAAUGCGAUCAUUUUUUACAGAAAAGGUGACCGUUUCGUAUACCUUUUUUGGACAAAUGGAACCCCUUUUACAUAGCUAGUUUAAGAAUUUACACACACCCUUUAGAUUAGAUGCACUGUCUUCCACUGUCUUUGAAUAUGAAUAAAUCACAAAACAAGAACGUUUUCGACUUUUUCAAAGCCGUAAAAGGCAUCUCUUAGCCCUGUUGGGUCUUUUACAGACCGAAAUGACAGAUCCUCUUUCAAAUACUUCAAUCAGUGAAAUCCCUACCCUCUCAUACACAGUCAGUACCUGAGGCCUGAAAAAGGUACACCAUUUGGGCGGAGCCUACCUGUAUACCUUUGUAGGCCAUUACUAGGGAGUGCUCCGCCCCUCGGGGAAGGGGACUCAGUUCAACAUUCAUGGGAUCAGUGCUUCAUGGGAUCAGUGCUUCAAUUUUUCUUACUACAGUCAACACUUAUUUGUUAGGCAGAUUUUAUAUCAGGAUCGACUGGACUAAAACCCCCUAACUUCUCAAAGCUACUAUGUGAUCUUUAUCUUCAGAUAAUAAGAAACGUUUUAGAACUAAAUUAGUUACUAAUUGUGCUAAUUAACUUUUACUGAUGUAAGAACUGACCUGUUGACGCUAAAGUGGCGGAAAAAUGCAUUUUCUUACUUGCGGUUUUUCAGUUUGUAUACUUACAGGGGCCUUUUGACUAAUAACUGAACGAGCCUUUAAUUUGUAUCUUUCUUACGCGACCUGCAAUGAGAAUGCCUAAAUGAAUCAGCCGUUAGAUGCGUUUCUUCGAGUUUUAUCUUUAAAAGACUAGUUUAACUCCUUAGAUAGCAGUUUUUGGUAUUUUGUUUUCUUUAUCCAUGAUCUUAAAAAUCCUACCUUCGGCCAAGAGUGUUAGAAUGACCUCUUUUUUUUCUUUGCAGGAAUUCUAUAUGAGUGGAUGCGAUGCAAAAGCAAAAAGCGAAGUCGAAAUAAUGUGGACAAACCAACACGGAACCGGACCAAAAACAGACGACAGGGUGGAAACACAAGUUAUCCUACAAUACAUGUGUCAGGCAUACCCCGAGGGAAAGAUGACUACCACUGACGUCAACAGAGAGUUCCAAUAUCACACAAUACGUAAUGGUCAGACUCUCACCACGCAAGGAUUUGCAAAUGGAGCUCGGGAAAAUGCUUACAUCAGAAAGGACCGUGGACUUCAUGAGCCAGCCAAUUACUAUCAAGCUUACUUCCGUAGAGAACGAAACAAAGGU